AUGUUGCCCUUCGAGAAUCUCAGUCCAAAGGAGAAACAGAAAAAGCACAUGGCGGCGUUGCUUUCGGACGCCGCCUACGCGAUGGAGUUUGAGAUUCGGCAGCGAGUGCUCCAGAACACGGAAAUGGUCGAAAACAUUGACGAAGACAAACAGAUGCACGUCGAGUUGCUGCCCGAUGAGGAGGUACGCCUUUGUUGUAGGAAAACCAAAGUUUGAGAGGAUUUUGCUUCUUUCCGACACUCACGAAUUUCUUUAUUUACUGGAAUUUCAACGAGAGAGUUGCAGUUCCGUGCGUUGACGGACCGAGACGUCGAGGACCUCAAAUUCAAGUUGGCGACGGCGCAGGAGCAGUUGAACGUGCUGAAACAGAAGGUGAAAAUCAAUCGAUGCGUACAUCUCGAAAGUGAGGUUUUCAACGAGGAAACGGUCAAAUUGGCGAUGAUCACCGACGAUUACCGCAAACAUCAUCUCGAGUUGCAACGCAUCAAAAAGAUGCGAUUGGAAGAGUUCCAUGAUUUUUACCAGGUUUUCAAUCGAAUAGAAGACUCGUUUUUUGAGAAUGCAUUCGGCGUUCGAAUUCUAAAAAAUGCUCAAAAAUGCUCACUAGAAAGUAGAACAAGAUCACCAUCACCAACGAGAAGGGACGUCUGUCGAAGGACGACAUUGAGCGUAUGAUCAAUGAGGCCGAGAAGCACAAGGCUGAUGAUGAGGCCCAGGGAGACCGCAUCGGAGCCAAGAACGGAGGAUGA